ACUGAUGGAUACAAAUCCCGUAAAAAAAAUUAGACAACCAAAUCUCAAAGACUUUAAACAAGCUAGUCAAAGCAGGAGAAAUAACAAAACAAUACCAAUGGAGAAUGAAAUCCAGUGGACCAGUACUCCCCCGAUUCUACGGCAGACCCAAAAUACACAAACCAAACAUCCUACUACGUCCAAUUGUAGCACUCCCCGGAACGCCAACGUACAACUUGUCAAAAGAAAUUUCACGAAUACUAAGACAUCUAGUAGGUUCAACCAACCACUCCAUCAAAUCCCCAACACAAUUCCUAGACCGAAUUAAGGAUAUUCAAAUCAACAACGACGAACUCAUGAUAUCCUUCGACGUAACAGCACUAUUCACCUCAAUUGAACCAAAGUUAGCAAAAGAAACUAUAUCCCUCCUGCUCAACAACGACACAAAUCUCACUAAAUACACGAAGCUUCAAAUUCAAAGUCUACUGGAACUCAUCGAUUUAUGCCUAACAACAUAUUUUCAAUUCAACAACAAAAUCUACGAACAAACGAAAGGGACACCAAUGGGAUCACCAAUAUCAGGACUGAUCGCAGAGACAGUGAUGCAAAGACUAGAAGCCACUAUAUUACCAGCGAUCAAGCCAAAAAUUUGGAUUCGCUAUGUAGACGACACCUUCGUCAUCGUCAAAAAGAAUGAACUGGAAAACACUUACAAACUGACCAACGUUUUCAAUGACAUCAAGUUCACAAUGGAACAGGAGUCAAACAACAAACUAGCAUUCUUGGAUAUAUUGAUCACUAGAACCGACACAGGAAAACUGGAAACUCAAGUAUAUAAGAAACCGACCCAUACAGAUCAAAUUCUCAACUACAACAGCAACAACCCAAGAGCUCACAAAAUCAACUGCGUACACACUUUGUUCAAGAGGGUGAAGACACACUGCAGCACACUGGCAGCACGAAAAAAUGAAGAGAAAUACCUGAAAGACGUAUUUCAAAAGAACGGCUACCCAAUCAACUUCAUCAAAAAAACACCAACCGCACGCAGCAUCAGAACCCAAGUCAAGCACAAAAAUCAACAAAAGGAUCACCCUACCAUACAUACAAGGAAUGUCAGAAACCGCAACAAGACUGCUGAAAACCUUCGGGAUAGGUGUGGCACACAAACCGACAAAGCCACUACAAUCAAUCCUAUGCAAACCAAAGGAUGAAAUAACAAAGGAAAACAAAUCAAACAUCAUCUACAAAAUAAAUUGUGCUAACUGCGAAAAACACUACAUCGGACGAAGCGGACGCCCCCUUCACCUUCACCUACAUGAACACCAAUUAGCAGUCAAACGCCAUGAU